CCCUUGAAUGAGUAGGUGUGUCCAAGCUUUUUGCUGGUACUCUGCACUAUGACAUUGCUCAUCCAAAUAUUUCUAUAUUUCUUAAUUCCAUUCUUCUACUUUUUAGAUUUGUGUGUAUUGUGUGUUGUUAGAUAUGACUACACUGUUGGAGCUAGGAGCACAAGCAUGUCCCUACACCCGCAACAACAUCUACUAAAUACUGUAUGUAUGUGUAUGCGACCAAUAGGAUUUGAUUUGAUUAUAUUUUUAACUGAUAAUAAAAGGAAUCAAUCCCCUCUUCAGGCCAAAAGAAAACAAGCUUGUGUAUACGUCAUAUUUGUGUAUAGUAACAACAUUACGAACGAGACAGUUGUGACGUUGUACACUUUAGAGACUGUCAUUGGAUAUUGAUUGUUCGCGCCGCGGCAGGGUAACACUUUUCAUCAGAUACUUCACAGUUGAAGCUAGGAACACAAGAAUUUCGCUACACCCGCAAUAACAUCUGCUAAAUAUAAUUUAAGGACCCCCAGGAUGUUGCGUCUGCGUUGUAAAACCAAAAAUGGGAGCCACAUAAUGCAGGGCCUGACCCACCAGUCCAGUGUGCAAGAGCUGAAGAGCAAGGUAGAGGAACUGACUGGUAUUCCCUGUGAUGUACAGAAGAUCAUGGUUGGCUACCCUCCCUCCAGCUUGGACCUCCGAAACAGAGAUGCUCACCUAAGGGACUACCCUAUCAAAUCAGGAGACACUCUCAUUGUUGAGGAGAAGAACAAGAUGAAGACCCAGACCAUAAAUUCAGCUGUAACCAAGGGACCCCGUCUGGAGUCUCCCCCGGUGCUGGCCAGACGGGUCGUUCCAGCAGACAACUCCUGCCUGUUCACCAGUGUCUCUUACGUGGUAGAGGGGGGGGUAUACGACCCAGCUUGUGCCCCCGAGAUGCGAGGCCUCAUCACCCAGAUUGUGUCCAGCAACCCCAUGGCUUACUCUGAGGCGGUGUUGGGAAAGACCAACGAGGAGUACUGCACCUGGAUCAGACGUGAUGACACCUGGGGCGGAGCCAUCGAGGUGUCCAUCCUGUCUAAGUUCCACCAAUGUGAGAUCUGUGUAGUGGACACGCAGACGGUGCGUGUGGAUCGAUUUGGUGAGGACGCUGGCUACCACAAACGCGUGCUGCUAAUCUACGACGGCAUCCACUACGACCCACUGCAAAAGGAGACGCCCGGCUCCGACGCUCCACCGCAGACCAUCUUCUCCACCACAGACGACAUCAUCCUGGCCCAGGCCCUGGAGCUGGCGGAUGAGGCGCGAAGGAAGCGGCAGUUUACGGACGUCAACCGCUUUGCCCUGCGCUGCCUGGUGUGUCAGACAGGCCUAGUAGGACAGAAGGAGGCCCGGGAACAUGCCAAGGAGACGGGCCAUGCCAACUUUGGAGAGGUGUGAGUCAGAGCACUUCCUCACAACCACCACGAACCACCAUGCCCCCACAUCUUACAACUCUGUGUGUCUGUAUGAUCCUCUACCUCACUUGAUCCAGCAUCAGACACUGUGUUCAGUCUUACCUGUUCAGUAUUACAACUACAUCUGUCUGCUCACAGGCUACUUUGCUGCAAGGUUAUGAGCUCAUGAAAAAUAUCCUGUACAAUUGUUUUGGGGUCAUUUUUAGUCUCACCCAACACAUAGUGGGUGAUUGUUCGUUGAAGUGUUGUUGCUCAGCAAUGUAGCAUGUGUUCAGUUUGUCGACACUAAUGGAGCAGAAAACUUUCUUAACAGACCUGGAGAUGCCUGAAAAUGCCUUACUUUGACAGUUGAUUUGUGGCAUAAAAGGUUUAGUAUGGCUAGACUCCAGUACUACCACAGAAAUCAGAAAACUUUUUCUGGGGCCAUUGUGGCAUGAUACACGUUUGGUUUUACUCAUCAAUGACAAUAUUAAUUUAAAAGGUUUUGUUUGUAGAUGCCUCACCAGUACUUGAAAAAAGUGAAAACUGUUGCAAAAGAUCAAAUAUAAACCCAGUUACUUGGUAGAAAAGCUGUUCUUUCAUUGUUUUACAGUGGCAAUGUCUUUAAUAUUAGAUAAUAGCGAAGUUUAGCUAGAUUCCUUCUAGGUCAAUACAACCCUAAAUUCUUCAAUGGUGCUGUGACAAGCUUAUUUUCCAAAUGUAGGCUAUUACUGAAUUAGUUAUUUUAUGCAGUGUGUGUCUGCACCUUGGUGUGAAACAUGAAUAUUUAAUGCAAUUAUUAUUAUGCCAUGGCACUCUGCCAUUAAAAGGCCUUGGCAUUACCCAUAGUGGGAUUGGUUUUUCUUAAUUUUUUUGUGUUUUCUAUAUGGUGUAAUUUUAUUUACUGAACAAAAAAUUUGAAUUGUAUUUUUGAGCUUUUAAUCUUGGAAUUGAUAGAUGAAUAGACUUUAUGAUAUAUAAUGUAAAUCUAAGGGAUGAAUCCUCUUACAUUUGCAGUUCAGGUAUUGUCUACACAAUGUGCUUUGCAUCUCAACAUUCACUUCAUGAUUGUGUUUUUUGUUUUUAUCUCCCAUUACCCUCACUCAUAUUGUUGGACUAUUGUGAGGACCACCAAGUGUUGUCAUGUUGAACUAUGUAUGUUACAUCUAAAUGCAUGUCAGAGAAAGACUGCGACUCUUUAUUAUACUUUCACCAAUGAACGCCACCUCUGCCUUGCUCUUGCCUGGAAACCCGAUGUUGAAUUGCAUUGAAUUCUAUGCCGGGCAGAAAUGACUGUUUUAAUCAGGAACGUUUCUUCCCACGACCUGUACCAGCCAGAAUGUUGAAUAAAUUUAUAUUUUAAUGUACUUUACUGGUUGUUCAUGCGGUUGGUCCUUUUGGCGGUAGGAAUGUGAGACUAUAUUCCACAGGAAAGUAUAAUUACAUAAGCUUUUCAAAGCACUGGUAGUGGGUUCAGAUUUCUAUCACCUGAAGCAUGCGCACAAAAUAGAAAUGCAUGUACAAGAUGCAUGCAUACUUGCCAAGCUUAUGCAUGUGUUUACAUGGUUCUGCGCAUGCUUCAGGUGAUAGAAAUCUGCACCCACUACCAGCGCUUUGAAAAGCUUAUGUAAUAAUAUAGUCCUGUGGAUAUAUAUUGUCUCACAUUCCUACCACCAAAGAACAAAUCGCACUGACAACCGGUAAAGUACGUUAAAAUGUCAUUUUAUUCAACAUUCUGGCUUGUAGAUGUUGUGAGAGGAAACUUUCCUGAUUCAAACGCUCAUUUUUGCCAGAUGUAGAAUUCAUUGCAAUUCAAUGUUGGGUUUCUUGGCAACCCUUGCUAUUGAAACGGAGUGUAGAAGACGUUGAUAUAGAUAGUUGAACCCUUUAAACAUGAAUUCGGACAUUUCUUCAAGUGGUUGGUAAUGUUACUGGCAAAAAGAUUCCUCCCAUUAUUUUUGUUGACAGAGACCAGUGUAAUGGUGAAAGGCUGGUGAUUUGGGGGUUUUCCCCAUCAGACUACUAAUACAGUCUAAAAGCUCUCGCACAUCUAUUCCCAUUUUUCGAAACAAAAUAUAUCUUUUAGCUUUUGUCAGCUGGUCAUAAACAGAUACCAAAGUGUCCCUUUCAGAAAACUCGUGACUUGUUAUUUAUAGAAAUUGUAUCAGCACUAAAUCUUGUCUUACAAUGAAAUACUCUGGGUCAGGGCCGAGUUUGUGUGGUAGCCUAUACUGCCCUACAAAGGCAAAAUGCCGUAACUACGAAGUUGGUCAAAAAUAUUCUAUCUAUUGUAAUGGCCAGGUAUGUUUUCUGAUUAAUGUGGUAUUUCGUUUCCUGACACAAGAAGUCAAUUGAUCAGAAUAUAUAAUGGUGUAUCAGAAAUUGCUGUCUCUAGACAGAAAAAGACUGAAGACAGAUUUUGAUGUUGCCUGUUCUUGCUUGGACUUUCCAAAGCCUUUGACGUGUAAGAGGUAUGGGUCUGGGGCAUGGUUUUAGUGCAGAGCUCUCCAACCCUGUUCCAGGAGAGCUACCUUCCUGUAGGUUUUCACUCCAACCCCAGUUGUAACUCACCUGAUUCAGUUUAUCAACCAGCUAAUUAUUAAAAUCAGAUUAGGUAUGGAGUGAAAACCUACAGGACAGUAAGUAGCUCUCCAUGAACAGGGUUGGAGAGCCCUGUUCUAUUGGGUGUUGUGAUUACAUGGAUGUUCAAGGACACUUUCAAUGAAUGUUGCACACAAAGCACUACAGAGAAACUGAGUUUACUUGAUUUUUCACAAUAAAAGUCACCAUUUAGAAGAUUA